AGUCUACCUGCAACGGGAACAAAGGAAGAGAUGGCGAUACAAUUGAUGGAAUAUGAUCAGCAAACAUCAAAAAGUGGAUCGGCUGACAUAGAGCAAUUUCAUGAUGUCGAUUCAGAAUCAGUUCAAGAUUCGGGACAGGCAUCAGGUGUACAUGAAAUGGAUUCGGCGGUAAAAACGUUAAUGCGUCCUUAUUCGUUUAGAGAUGUAGAGGAAAGUAUUCUUACGUACGGUUCCGAUAAGACGAUCGAUUUCUGUGUGUGGAUGAAUGAAUUUGAAGCGGUUGCGCGAAUGGCAAAAUGGGCCGAUGAACAAAAAGUCAUCAUGUGUCGCAAGAAAAUGACCGGCAGUGCGCGGAAUUUCUUACUCACGAUUUGCAACAUAACGUCAUUUUCGGCAUUGAAAAAAGCACUUUAGGUCGAGUUUGGGAAAAGAGUGCGUCCCACUGAUGUUCAUCGCCAGCUAGCAACAUGUCGACGUGCAAAGGACGAGACGGCGCUUGAUUUUAUCUAUAGAAUGCAACGCAUUGCUAAACAGAUAGAUUUGGACGAGGAGAGCAUAUGUGAGUACAUCAUAGAUGGGAUUACGGAAGACGAAACGCAGAGAGCUGCUUUAUAUGAAGUGCGUACGAUCAGUGCUUUAAAAGUGAAAAUUCAAUUCCGAGAGCGUGCUAUUCAGAAAGGAGCGACCCGAAAAACAUUCAGAGCUUCGCAGAAUACCGUCGCCAAACAAAAACGAUGAGCACAAAAGUUCGUUUUUAUAAUUGUAGUGAAACCGGUCAUCGUAGUUCUGAGUGUGUGCGUAAGAACAGCGGACCGAAAUGUUUCAAGUGUGGUGAGUUUGGACAUGUGUCGUCGAAAUGCACAAUAAAAGAUGAUUGAGCGACCAACCAACAAAACGUGUUACUGGUGAAAAAGCUUCCAAGUAUUUCAGUAAGAAUAGCGAGCGAAAAAUAUAAUGUGGCUGUCGACACAGGUAGUGAUAAUCAGACGUGUCGAUCAGACGUGCAUAAGCUGAUUCCAAACAAUCUGCAGAAGUGGAGCCCAACGACACAAAGGCUUUACGGUCUGGGUGGCAAAGUAACAAACACUUCAAGAGAAGCUAUUGUCUUUGCAACUGUCGGCGAAGCAGAAUAUGAGGUAAGAUUUGACAUUGUUCCUGAUGCGGCACUUGAGGUACCGAUGUUAUUAGGAAUGAAUUUCCUUAGAAGUGUUGAUUUUGUGAUUACCAAUACGGGCGUAACGGUACAGCGUAAAAAAGUAGAUAAAAGCGAGACAAGUGGUACAGGAAAUGAUGAAAACGUGGAAGAGAAUCCAUCGUGGAUUUUUCAAAUUUCAUGUGAACGUGAUGAGUUGGAUGUUCCGUAUGAGUGGCGACAAGAGGUAGCGAAUAUAGUGAACAAUUAUGUACCCGUCGAAAAAGUGAAUUCCAAUUGUAAGCUAAAUAUUGUGGUGCAGGACAAUAGUGUUGUUCGGAUAAAUCCGCGUAGGUUGGCUCCGUUGGAAAGAAAAUUGUUCGGGAGAAGAUCGAACAAUGGUUUCGUGACGAUAUUAUUCGACCAGAAAGUGCAUUCGCGAGUGCAGUGGUACUGGUUCCGAAAAAGACGGUUCUCAUUGGGUGUGCAUCGAUUAUCAUGAGAUAAACAAGAGAAUCGUUCGUGAUCCCUAUCCUAUGCCGAAUAUAGAGGAUCAAAUUGAUCAGCUUGCUGAUGCUAGAGUGUACACCACUUUAGAUUUGAAGAACUCAUACUUCCACGUACCGGUAAAGCAAGAAUGUAGAAAGUACACACCCUUUGUAACAUCAGAAGGGCAGUACGAGUUUAUGCGUGCACCGUUUGAGCUUUGUACGAGUGGUAGUGCGUUGGGGAGAUUUAUCAGUUCAGUGUUCCGGAACUUGAUAAAUGAAGGAGUAAUGUUGGUGUUUGUCGAUGAUGUCAUCAUCCCAUCGCGAGACGAGGAGCAGGGGCUAGCAGCGAUCAGGCGUGUGUUGCAUGUAGCGCAAAGUGCGGGCCUGAAAUUUAAUUGGAAUAAAUGCGUAUUCCUGCAACGACGUGUCGAGUAUCUGGGAUACCAAAUCUACGAAGGGCGAAUCGAACCAUCGUCGCAGAAAGUGGAAAAGCGCAUGAUCACAUGAUCCAGUCAUCGAGUUUGCUGUGCUCCGCUUUGCCUCAUACCGAAUCCAGCAUCCUCAUGCCAUGCCUCAGCCAUCGUAUCCUGCCAGCCUUCGCUACCGUCAGCAUCCGCAAGCUCUUGGGUCAUCCUUCUUCUCGACGCUACAUGCUUGAACACACCGCUAAAUAUGACCAGGAGGAUGCGUCUCUCACGAAUAGAGCGUUUGCAUCCUCCGCUAGGAUGGUCCAAGACUCCUGUCCAUAGAGGACCACCGGGCGAAUCAUAUACGAUAUAUCUCACAUUUCUUGUAGGCUCGUGACUUCUGGCUCUCAGCAGUCAAUGAAGCCGUUGUCCGAAGUAACUCAAGAUAGUAUUAUAAUGCAUAUUUUACAGUUUAGAGAAGGUUACCACUUGCAGUGAUUAGUUACUUGUUAAUUAAGAUAACUGAUAAUUAGUGUUAUUUUUUCAACUGUGGCUAAUGAUGAUGAAAGCUAGUGUAUAUGUAUUUUGUUGUUUUUGUUUGGAUGCUGCCUCAAAUGCGUGUUGAAUUACUGCAGGAAUGUCUGUUUUCAUCAUUUAAUAAAGACCAGCAAAGAAUACGUAUCUUGGAAAGCUGAAUAGUUUGCAAGCAAGAGUUUAUGAAAAUAAAAAUUAAAAUUUUUUACCUUACAUAAAACUAUUUAUUGAUGAAGGAUGGUGAUAUAUCAGCGGGAUCAACGGAUUGAGCUAUUGAGAGUCUAUACAAGUCAAGCAUAUAUUACUGUGUGUGGAGUUGGCGUUAGAAUCUUGACAGGAGCUCCAUUGUAGUAUAGGGUUCCAUAGGCGGCAGGGCACGUAGCUGACAGUACUCCUGGUCACCUUUCUCUUCGGUAGGAAAAAACUAUUACCCAUCUUCUCCUCGCUUAUCUUCACCCCAACUCUCCAGGUACAGCCAACGAUACUAUAAACCUAUCAGAGACAACGAUGAAUGUUUUAAAACGUGUAUAACCAUUUUACACAUAAUAUAUGCCAGCACGUCCAAUGGCGGAUCUAACGGUAGGCGGACUAGGCGGUCGCCUGGGGCCCCGCCGAUUAAGGGGCCCCGUAGGCCAUCAUUCUAUAGUAUGCUGUAUGGACAGAGUACUAGCGCCAAGAGUAAACAUCUGUGUCAGAGUCUGUGACUGAUGAUCGUAAGGCCUCCCGAGGACCCCCCCCCCCCCCCCCCCCCGAACACCGUUUACCAUUUACAGGGGGCCUCAACUCGUCUUACCGCCUAGGGCCCCCGACACCCUUAAUCCGCCACUGAGCACGUCAUUACACGUUCGCAAUUGACCCUGACCAGACAGUCGGCAUUUAUAAUAGCUGUCACAGAAGCAUCUAACGGAUGCAGUUGGACCGACGGUAUCAAUAGAGCGGUAGUCCUACAGAACAUAUUUGCGAUGCUGCUGACGCUCGCUUCAUGCAUGUGUAUGUCAUAUCUCAAUCAAUGUUUUAGUAAUGGGCUUUUCUUUCGUGGAACACAAUUUAACAAUGGACAAUUCAGUAAAAGUUGUUUAUUUCAUAAGAAUUAAAUUAACAGCAUUUUUCGUUUGGUUUUGAUUUUGAAUAAAAUUACAUAAGAAUUCAAACAGUCUAAAAUAGUUUAAUCACAGGUGUUAGCUUAAAUUCUUAAUCCUAAUAUCUUAUUUAACAGGAACUAAAAAUUCAAUCAUUCGUACUAAUAACACUAAUACCAACUUAUCAAUCAACAAUUUCCUCCUCAUUGAUACAUUUGCGAAUGUACUUAAGCAUAUUUCGAAAAUAUCCAUCGCAAUCCUGUCUAGUUAUCAGCUCACUGCCAUCUCGUAUCGCUUUCAUUAGUUCAGUUUCGUUUGUUGGGCGAGCUCUUCGUACUAUUUCCUUCCUGUUGUAUAUUUGUAAAUAGAUGUUUGUGUUGUGCGAGGUUGCAGUGUCAGAGCGCGGUAUAACUGUGCCUUGACAGAGCGCUGCAUAACUGACAGUGGAGCGAUAGCGCCAUUGCGAAUAGAGACACCGAGACAAGAAGACGAUAAGCUUUUGUACAUUCUGUAAACUAUUUAAGAAAGUUAAAUAAAUGUCUGAGUUAACAGAAAACACUUCCACUUAGAAAACAUAUUUUCUAUAGGAUUGAGGAAGGGUGAAUACGGAGGAAGGAACUCUAAUCUUAUAUUAUUCUCUUCUGCAAAUUGUUUCACUAAGUUUGUUUUGUGGAAAGCAACAUUGUCUAAAAAUAUUACUGGAUCAGUGAUAUUAUUGGUUGCUAUGCUUUCCUUCAGUUUUUCUAGAAAUCCCAGAAAAAGAUUUUGGUUGAACGCCCCAUUCGUGGAGUCAUAAGCAAUGAUCCCAUUUCGGGACAUGCAACAACAAAUAGUUACAUUUCGGCUUCUGAUGGAUGGUACGACUUGUGUUGCAGGUUUACCGGAAACCGACCACUCUCUUUUGCAUCGUAAUGAGAUGUUAAAACCUAUUUCAUCCACAAACAUGAAGUUGUGGUCAUUUAAGUCCGACUGUCAAUCCAAAAAACGCGACGCAUAUUCUUUCCUGACUUGAACAUUAUCUGAAGCAUUGCGUCGCGCUGGCAAUAGUUGCACUCUUUUUAAAGUGUAAUUUAAAUCGCUCAAAUAAUUUCGUAUAGUGGAUUGACAAACGUUAACCCCAAAUUCACGGGCACACUUUUCGGAAAUCUUUUUCAGACUCGUUGUGCAGGCUUCGUCCACCCACGAUUUUACGAUUUCCAAUUGCUCCGCAGUGAGUUUUUUGUUGUGUGGACCUCCUUUUUCGCUAGAAUUGUUUGUAAUCUCACCUUCUUUCAAAAACUUAUGAAUAAUUCGGGAAACAGUUUGGAUAUUCAGAUCCAUUAUCCUAGCAAUGUCCGUCAUUCGGUAUUCCUCAUGAUACAAUUUAACAAUUUUUUGUUUGUCUUCCAGUGAAAUCUUUUUUCUGGACGGCAUCUUUGAUUGCUUGUUUCUAAUGAAAUCCUUUGCCUGAAAGAAAAAAGCACAUCAAACAUGGGAAUUUGAUAAAAUUAUUGUAAUUAGUUACCUUUUCCUUCGCCUGAUUGAGUGUUUAUGAGCCGGCAUCGACGCAAUGUAAACAAACUAUCUUCUGACACUUGACAUUCGCAGGGUUGGAUUGAAACCCGGAUAAAAUUCCCCUACGGAUUGCAAAAUUCUCCAAUGACAUUGCAACUCUCCCCAAACUGCUUGAAAGAUUCCCCUAUAUGAUUGCAAAUAUCCACAGAGUGCUUGCAACACUCCCCUACCGAUUUGGAACAUUCCCCUAAGUGAUUGAACUAUUCCCUUAUAUGAUUCGAAACCCUGUAAUGACAGACACCUUACUCCAAUACAAUGUAUAAAUUGCACCUCAAUAACCUCUAAUUGGGACAAAACACAUUCCAAAACCGAAUGUACGAAAUCUAUUGAGUAUAAAUAAAACCAAUUCCGACCGUGGAAGUCAGAUUCGUUCGGAUUGUCAAGACAGGACGUUACGCUGCCCAAAAAACUUCACCUUCCAACUUAUCUCAAGAGUUUAGUUAUGUUCCCCUACCCAAGGUAAGGCUUCUAAACUUCAACGUUUCCAGUAUCAAGUGUUGAAUUUCCAGAAACAGAGAAAUAAGUAAUCAAAAUCGAAUUGGCUACUCGUGUAGCCGGUUCUAGAAUAGGGUUAAUCGAAGCUUCGGCAAGAUUUCAAGUGCUGAGUAUAAACUAAGAAGUGCCACAUAGGGGUAAGCAUAGACAUGCCGUAUUUUGUAUGUGAACACUUCAAUUUGGAGGGUAUAAAUGUUUGUUUUGAAGACGAUCCUUUCGUCUUUUUUAUUAGAUUAGCUUUCGGUCGGGGAGAAAUAAGGCACGUCGAUAUCCUUCGAUGGUCCGUUAUAAAAGAGAGUGUCCAUUUAUUCUCUUACCUCCACCUACGCCCUUACGCUAAUCGCUUACACUAAUAUUUAUGUCCUACUGCCAAGCUUAUUAUAUCGCGCUACGUGCGCGUAUACGAUUUUAUGUCAAAUCGUUACAGGGCUCGCUGUCGUUACUCUACAGUUUAAAUGGAACAUAAUUCAUUUUGUAAUGAGCGCCGAAACGGAUUUCGUCGAACGGAGUCCGCGCUGGCCGAUUACCUACAACAAAAUCGGAUUUUACCAUAUUUUCGUCAAUUUUCUCACUUUGAGGCUUUUUGAAAAAUUCAGAAACCAUGUAUAUUGUAAAUGUAAAUGUAAAUGGAAUACCACUAGCUUCACUUAAUUGAUGAAGGUACUCUUUAGCAAGACUUCUGAAAAAUCAGGCCGAUAUCUGAGAAAAUCUUGAGAAUCCAAGCACUUCAAAAAGCCUUGAAUUGUAUGAGGCCUAGUAGAAGUUGGUAGUUACUUUUCCUUAAAAAAAGCCACAUAGUUUACGAAUAUUUGCCGACAUAGUGCUAAAAUUAUGAGUUAUCCUUAUUAGUGAUUAGCGUUGUGAAAUUGCAGCAUUUGUUCUUCGUGUGUCGAUAUGUUGAGGUGAUAUACGAGGUUUAAAAAACUGUCCAGACAGUCUCAAAGUUAGUAUAUUUGUAGAGAGGGUAUAGGUUCAUGAAAUUCGUUUAUUGACUGUUCGCUUCGACUUCCCGAUUGCUACUGCUACCCCUCAGACAUUUAUAAUCGAAGUAAAUUUCUUUUCGUUCCCAAUUGACAAAUUAUACCAGGGUUGUCGAGUUCCAUUCGCACACGGCCUUUCCUGACCUACAUUCGUCCCGAAUGACCCCAUGGCUUUAAGACAUCCGCAGCACUAGUGGUCACUCUAGGACCUUCCUUACUAUCAUCUAACUUUCUCAUUUCAUACCGCCCAUAUGGCAUUUUCUUAAUUAUUUCAUAAGGACCAUAAAACCUUUGCUUAACCUUUUUUCCUGUGACAAAUUGUGUUACAGGCAAGGCUACAAUAUCACCCACUUGAUAGAUGCGUGCUGGUCUUCUGCGAAGAUUAUAAUACUUCCUGUUCUCUUCCUGAAUCUUCUGAAUUCCAUCUCAAGCACAUUUUUGCCAUUCAUUCCGGGUUUCUUGAAAAUUAUUUCGCAGCUGCUCUGCCAAUAGAGUAGUUAAUCCUACACUUUCUUUAGUCAUCAUUUUCACCUAAUAGUAAUUCAAACGGUGUUGUUUGUAUCGCUCUUUGCCAACUAUUAAUCAUCACUUUCUGAACGUCAGUGACAUAUUUGUGCCAUUCUUCUGAAUUCUUAAUAGAAAGUUUCGUCAGUACUGGUAUGAUCACACGAUGAAUUCGCUCGGCUUGACCAUUAUUUCUAGGAAUCCCUGUAGUUAUCGUAUGUGUCUCUAUUCCACUAUCUUCACAAUAUUUUUGAAAAGCUCCUGACGUGAACGCUGCUCCACGGUCAGAAAUAAUGCUCCUAGGAUCUCCAAACAUAGUAGCCACUACAAUUUCUUCAAAACUUCCUGCGCUGAAGUCGUCUUUGUCGGAAACAUCCAAACAAACUUGGUGAACGCAUCAAUAAUAGUCAACAUAUAAUUAUAAGAUUUUCGAGUCGAUGGCAUGGUUCCCAAAUGAUCCAUAUGAACAUCAAUGAUCCACUCAACACAAUUGUUAAUACAGUCAUUAAUCAUUAACAGCCUUUAACCGCUCCAUAGUUUCUUCACUCCAAAAUGUGCUUGUUCAUGCGCUCGCCUAACUAUUUCUACCUCUGUUGUUUACCAACAGCGGUUCUAGUUUGACAGCUGCGUUGUGGUGAAGUGAGAGAGAGGGACAGGUAGCACAGGCGAAACAAACACGGGCGAAAUAGAAAGAGUAGGAAUGGUUCAUCCCGAAGGAGCUUCGCGUGCAACGGAUGAACCUGCGCAAAUUAAGUGGAAUGACCGCAAUCGGGUUUGCGUGAAGUUUUAAAACGGGCACGAAGACGAAAAUCGACCUCUUUCUACCAUCGCGCCAAGAGAAGAAAGUUCAGUGAAUUUUUUAAUACAGUUUAAGUGAAUUAAGAAAACUGAUGUUUCAACUUUAAAUUCGCGAAAGAAAGAGCUAUGUUGCUGGACGCAACAACCUCCAUGGAACGUGAUUAAAAACAAAGUUUCAAGUAAAGUACAAGGAGAGAGUUACUGGAGCGGAUUUAUUAUACGAGGAUCUACUGUAUAUUCAUAUAAAUUAUAUAGUUACACAAUGAUAAUGCUGAUGUGUUUAGUAAUUUUGUUAUUGUUUUGCUGUAUCUUCAUAACUUUGUUGAGCCGACACAAAAAGCCUCCGGGACCAUAUGGUUUUCCAUUCAUUGGAUGCUUAACAUUAAUUGACCCUCUUAAACCAUACGAAACUUUUUCUCGACUUGCACGACAAUAUGGUACUACAUACGGGUUGUGGAUGGGACAAGUUUAUACUGUAGUACUAACUGAUCCUACCUUAAUUCGAACCAUUUUGUCAAAGGAUGAAGCCACCGGUCGAGCACCCUUGUUUAUUACACACGGUAUAAUGGGAGGUCAUGGAAUCAUUUGCGCUCAAGGCAAUUUAUGGCGCGAUCAACGCCGAUUAUCAAUCGAUUGGCUUCGUAAAUUGGGAAUGGUUAAGUAUGGAUGUGCUCGAUUAAAUCUUGAACGGAGAAUUAAUUCUGGACUUAUCGAAAUGCUUCAGGACAUUGAUAAUAUGGUAGAUAAGGCACCACAAGGUUUAAACCCAUCUCCUAUCAUACAUCACGUGCUCGGAAAUUUAUUAAAUGAUUUAGUUUUUGGUAUAAAAUACGAAAAGAACAAUGUUACAUGGAAAUAUUUACAGCACCUUCAAGAAGAAGGUGUGAAGCAUAUUGGAGUAUCUAUGGCUGUGAACUUCUUACCAUUUUUGAGAUAUUUACCUUCUACUCGUAGAACAAUCAAUUUUCUUCUCAGUGGAAAACAUCAAACACAUGCUAUUUAUGAUGCUUUGAUAUCCCAUCAACGAAGCAAGUUGCGUUCUUGUGAUACAUUUAUUGAAGAGCAGGAGGAGUGCAUAUUAACAUAUUUUUUAAAAGAAGCCGCAAAACGACAAGAAGCAGGUCGACCGGAUGCUGCAUUUUGCGAUGACAUACAGCUACGCCAUUUGAUGGCAGACUUGUUCGGGGCAGGUGUGGAUACUACAUUUACUACGAUUCGAUGGGCUUUGCUAUAUAUCGCCCUAUAUCCAACUGUUCAAAAGCGUCUUCGAGAAGAACUGAGACAAAGACUGGUCGUGAAUGAGCCACCUUCGUUGAAAGAUGUGGAGGCUUUGCCCUAUUUACGGGCAACCAUCGCGGAAGUGCAGCGAAUUCGUACCGUUGUUCCGCUUGGUAUACCUCAUGGAACAACUAAGGAAAUAAAGAUUGGUGAUUUUAAAAUUCCAUCAAAUACAAUGAUCAUGCCUGUAGUAUGGGCUGUGCACAUGAAUCCUAUACUAUUCAACGCGCCAAACACUUUCAAGCCAGAACGGUUCCUGGAUUUAGAGGGGCGCUUCUCCAUUCCAAACUACUUUCUUCCAUUUCAAGUCGGUAAACGUAUGUGUUUGGGCGAAGAGCUUGCUAGAAAUAUUCUUCAUUUGUACAUCGCCAAUAUAGUGUCUCAUUACGAUUGGAUUCGGAUAUCUCCUGAGGAUGCUAUGUUGAUUGAUUUAACAGGAAAUUGUGGAUUAACCUUAACUCCCCCAGACUAUAUAAUUAUAUUCUCGAAAAAUAAUAAAUAAAACUGUUAAAAACGUUGUAUCAAUUUUAUUAUAA